AUGGCUGCCUUCACGUCUACCUCCUUCCUCUUGGCAGUGCACUUCUCCACGUUCAACUCAGAGUGCUUCCGACCAUUCGUCCGGCACUACGAGCCGGUGACCUAUGACCCAGCGGCCCUAGAGAAGGCAGCCCACAGGACCCGGAGAGCAGCCGACGGGGAAGAGGAGCCGAUCCAGCUAGAAUUCCCGGCGUAUCAGAGGGUGUUCCGACUCAGCCUGAGGCGCAACCGUGAGGCUCUCUCUGACGACUUUGAGCUCAUCAGCACGGGGACCACGGAGCCCUUUGAUGCGUCUUUCCUCUAUUCAGGGGAGCUGCGAGAUGAACCGGGCUCUUCCUGCCACGGCUCCGUAAUCCGCGGUGUCUUCGAGGGUUUCAUCCGCACCCAAAACGGCACCUACUACGUGGAGCCCGCGGAACAGUCCCCGGGUAACCGGACGGGGCCGACUCCGUCCCUCAUCUACCACCAGAGGGAUAUCGAUUAUUCCCGGUUGCAAGACUUGCGGUUUCCUUGUUUGAAGCUGACGAUGAGUCCAGCCUUGGAGACUCUCCAGACGGAGCCAGAGUUGGAGGAAGCGGGCCCAAGGCAGAAACGCAGUCUCGAUUACUCCAAGACAUCCUGCCUUAUGCAUUUCAAGGCCGACUACUUGUUCUACAAGAGGUUUGGGAGCUUGGAAAUGGUGGUGGCUCAGGUGGCCAGCUACGUGAGAGCCGUGAAUGCCAUAUAUGAAAGCACCAACUUUGCCGGGAUCCGACACACAGAAUUCAAAGUGAAAACCUUACACGUUGUCCAGGAAGAGGAUGCCACCGGGCCCACCCACUCACCCUUCAUUGGCCCCGAAAAGCUGCUGAUGCUGCAUGCACGCACCAACUGGGACGGGUACUGCCUGGCGUACCUGCUAACCGACCGGGACUACAGCGGGAUCCUGGGGAUCGCGUUCAACGGGCAGCCCGGGGACUUGGGCGGUAUCUGCUCCCGAUACAGGAUGUUCCAGGGUACACCGAGGUCUCUGAACAGCGGACUGAUCACCCUGCAGAAAUAUGGCCAGUACUUACCGCCCCGCAUCGUCCACCUCACCCUGGCUCACGAACUCGGUCACAGCCUGGGGGCCCAACAUGACGAAAGUGAGGAGUGCGCGGGCUACGGCACGGACACCGACAGGGGGAACUAUCUGAUGUUCGGCCAGGCCACGGACGGCGAGCAGCCCAACAACGACCGCUUCUCCCCGUGCAGCAUCGCCUUCAUCGGCAGGAUCCUGCGUGCCAAGAAGGACCAGUGUUUCGUGGAAACCGACCGGCCCAUCUGCGGAAACCGCAUCGUAGACCCAGGGGAGGAGUGCGAUGUGGGCGCCGACCCCACCGACCUCUGCUGCUACCCAGCCGGCCAGUCAGCGGGUCGCCAGUGCCGGCUGAAGCCAGGAGCGCAAUGCAGCCCAAGCCAGGGCCCGUGUUGUGACCGCGCCUGCACCCACCACCCGGCUGGCCAGCCGUGCCAAGAGGAAACGGACUGCACCCGAGAGAGCGCCUGCCCGGGAGGCACCGCUGCCUGUCCAGACCCCUCCCCCAAAGAUGACUUCACCCCCUGCGGCCUGGGCACCCGGCUCUGCCUUGGUGGGCGCUGCCAUGGCUCCCUCUGCCUCCGGCACGGCCUGGAACAAUGUGACUGCGCCAGCAGCUCCAUGCGUGAGAAGUGCCACCUCUGCUGCCAGCACCCAGGGAAGCCCAACUCCUGCGCCAGCACCACCUCGUCCGUCCUGGAAGCCGAAUUCAACGGCAGCCGGAUCCCGCUGGCUCCAGGCACGCCCUGCUGGGACCGCAGCGGCUACUGCGACCGGCUCCACGUCUGCCGGCUGGUGGAUGACGACGGGCCCCUCGCUCGGGUCAAAAACGCCAUCGUGGGCUUCGUUGAGCUGGAGGACGCGGCCGCCUGGAUGAAGGCUCGCUGGUGGGCGAUCCUCCUGGGCAUCCUGACCCUGGCAGCCCUGAUGGCAGGCACCAUCUUCCUCUUUGGAAGGACCCUGGACACUGAGGCAGGCCUGGAAACAAAGAGCGGCUCGGCGGAGCCAACUGAGCCAGAUCCCGGGCCAAGCGUCACCACAUUCUGGCAGCGGGAGAUCUAUGUCCAGACCUGUGUGGAGCAAGAGACUAUCAUAGAGCUGACUGGGGGGACCCACUGAGGCCACCCCAGACCCUAGAGCUCCACAACUUUCUAGACCACCCUCCCUUAAAAUCCAGAGUACACACCUUUUCCCAGGGAAUCCAGCCGGGUCCCCAUUUCCCAGGGAAAGCGGGAAGACUGGGAGCCCCGUUGUGGGACGAGGCCCGCUUCCGAUCCGAUUAUCUUGAACCUACCCCCCCAUUCUCAGUACGGCGGUU